GCUGCCCUCCCGCACCAUGUCGACGCCGCGCCCGAGCAAAGGAGACACCAACAUAUCGGCCAUCCUCGACAUGUGGCAACAGGGGUACGACAAACGUCUGAGACCCGACUACGGAGGCGAACCCGUGACCAUCGGUAUCACACUCCACGUUACCUCCAUCGGCUCCGUGUCGGAAGUUAACAUGGACUUCACCAUCGACUUCUUCUUCCGGCAAUUCUGGCGAGAUUCGCGCAUGGCGUUUGUGGGCGACGGCAUCGACGCGCUCACCAUCGGCUCCGACUUUAUCAAGAACAUCUGGGUGCCCGAUACGUAUUUCCCCAACGAGAAGACGAGCUACUAUCACCAGGCCACCGCGUCCAACGAGUUCCUUCGGGUUCAGCCGACUGGAGACGUCCUCAGGAGUAUCCGCCCGUUCGGGAACCCCAGCUCAGGAUGCUCGCGUGGCCUGGAGCUGGACAUGGCCUCUGGAAAGGAGGGGAAAGGUGUGUCCAGGUGGGCCCGACUGCGGCGCGCCGCCGGCGCCUCCCUCUGA